UGUAUGCUCUUCAUAAACAAAACUCUGUUCACCUUAUUCGCAGAUUUCUUUUUAACUUAACAUUGACAAUUAUAAUGAUUUGCGUUACUUUGGUUUUAUUUUGCCUGCGAUGGCAAUUUGUAGGAGCAACCGAGGUCAUGGGUCCAAUGGGGGUGCCAGACAUGUGGCAAUCUUUUUUGUAUGUACUCCCCCAUGAUAACAGCACCAUGUGGCAAGCAAGAACUUGUGCCGGCUUCAGCAAACGUUAUUGUUUCGUGGGUAAUCUUAUCAGGUCUAGAGGACACGAAGAUUUUGAAGAAGCGCCAGAUCAACAUUAUAUUGACUUUAUCAAACUGUUGAAACCAUUAUACACCUUAAUCAAUUGGUUCUCUAUGUCAUCAUUAAUGCCGCAAGAGGUGGGGUCGUGCUGUUUCAAUCAAAUGACUGUCUAUCAUAAGUUUGGAACCAAAAAUGGAAUGUCACCGAUCGAAUAUGUUCACUCUGUCACAAACUUCAGUGCCGAAGGAAAACAGUUGAACUUGAUACAUGCACAAUACAACAAAUUCUUUUGUGUAAACAUAAUACAAGGUGUGGGUUUUGGCAGCGGCCGGAUGAAAUUUCGGGGCAAAAUUCACAACGCAGUUUUCGUUUUGACUCCAAACGACAAUGGAUUGAUUCACUUUUUUCCACCCGAACGAAUCAAGGAGCAGCUGAAUUAUGAUUGGUUCAAGCAAAACGUGAUUUGCGAAGAACAAUCUUGGAUUUGUAUAAGGUAUCCUCCACGACAGUUAGCCUCCAACUCUUCUGCUUCAACUUAAA